CCCUGCUCCAUCUCUCCGUCUCGCUUCAUGCCCUCGGUUCGUAUCCAGUUCAUUCCCCCUAUGCCAUGAGAACUUUGACACCACCCCCCUUGAGCUAGCCCACCGAUGCGCAGCACGAGUGAUCAGCCCUGUACGUACACGCCGCCCUCGGGUGCGUGCCUCCAUGUGCGUCCAUUCCCCACCCCAAGGAUCGUGAAGGUGGCAUAAACGAGCCGGGCAAGCGGGCAGAGACGCAGACGAGCCAAGCUGCUGCCAUCGGCAGCCUUUGCCGAGAUAGUCGUCCCAGACACGAGACCACGUCAGCCGGAGACAUGCUGUCCCGGGUGCUCGGAACUGGCGGACUGGUGCCGCCCACGCCUUUCUCGCGCAUAUAAUAUGAUUAAGGGGCCGCUGCGCCACCUCUACCUUCAGUGGCACCAGUAGCUACUACAAUGACAGCCGACACACCCACCGAGACAGUCGACGCCGUGGUGAUGGGCGCUGGGGUUGCUGGUCUCUACCAGCUUCACCAGCUCCGCAAAGAGGGUUUCAAGACACGUCUCCUUGAGGCAGGUGAAGACGUUGGUGGUACAUGGUAUUGGAAUCGUUACCCAGGUGCUAGGUUUGACAGCGAGGGUCACAUCUACCAGCUGUGGGACGAGGAGCUGUACAAGGGAUGGACCUGGAGUGAGCGUUUCCCCGGCCAGCCCGAGAUAGAGCGCUGGCUCCACUAUGUUACCGACAAGUUUGAGCUGCGCAAAGACAUCAAGUUCAACGCACGCGUCACCAGUGCCCACUACGACGAGAAGCGCAACCGCUGGACUGUCAAAACGAGCGCCGGCGAUGUCAUCGACACGCAGUAUUUCAUUUCGUGCGGCGGCAUGCUCUCGGCGCCCAUCACAAACCAGUUCGUGGACCAGGACAAGUUUAAGGGCCAGAUUGUCUACACGUCGCUGUACCCCGCGGAGGGCGUUGUAGUCAAGGGCCAGCGGGUGGGCGUCAUCGGUGUUGGCGCCACGGGUAUCCAAGUUAUCCAGACCAUUGCCCCCGACUGCGGCCAUCUCACUGUAUUCGCACGUACGCCCCAGUACACCGUCAAGAUGAAGAACCCCAAGUGGGGGCCGGCCGAGCACAAGGAGUACCACGAUGCGUACGAGAAGACCAAGACGACAGUUCCGGACACGUUCUCGGGUUUCGAAUAUGACUGGGACCCGACGAAGACAUGGCACAACACCACCCCCGAGGAGCGUCAGAAGAUUAUGGAGGACUGCUACGAACAUGGCUCUCUCAAGAUGUGGCUCGCGUCGUUUCCCGAAAUCUUCUUCGAAAAGGAGGCGAGCGACGCCGUGUCGCAGUAUGUCGCCGAUAGGAUGCGCCAGCGUCUCAACAACAACGCCCACCUCAUCGAUGCGAUUGUACCUACGCUGGACGACUAUGGCUUCGGCACACACCGCGUUCCCCUCGAGAAUGGCUACCUAGAGGCUCUCCAACUACCCAAUGUCGAGGUCAUCAGUGUCCGCAAGGACCGCAACCCAAUCAAGCGUUUCGUCGAGAAGGGCAUCGAGCUGCAGGACGGCCGUGUGGUUGAGCUUGACAAGAUCAUUCUUGCGACUGGCUUUGACGCCGGAAGCGGUGCUCUUUCCCGCAUUGACGUCCGCGGCCGCGGCGGUCGGUCACUCGCCGAAGAGUGGAGCAAGGACAUCCGCACGACCAUGGGCCUGGGCAAGCACGGGUACCCGAACCUCCUCACGACCGCUGUGCCCCUUGCGCCGUCUGCCGCGCUCUGCAACAUGACUACCUGUCUGUCUCAGCAGACCGAGUGGGUCACUCGUGCUUUGGUCGACCAGCGCAAGGAUGGCAAGACCAUCAUCGAGCCGAGCGCCGAAGGCGAGGAGAAGUGGGUCAAGCAUCAUGACGACACGGCCAACGCCACCCUCGUGACCAAGACCGACUCGUGGUACAUGGGGUCUAAUGUGCCGGGCAAGCCUCGCCGUCUGCUUUCCUACGUCGGAGGCGUAGGCACGUAUCGCAAGAAAUGCGAGGAGGAGAGGGAGGCUGGCUAUCCGUCCUUUGUACGCGCGUGAAAUAUCUCUCGAGAAUGGGUUGUAGCAAAUUCGACAGUAUGAUACAAAUGCCUUCCG